UCCCACCCAGUUCGGAGCUAUGAAAAUUUCCCGCCAUUUUCCUGUCUUCUUCCUAAACCUCUCCUUCCUCGAUCUCCGAGUCCAACUCUCAAUUGCUUUCUGAAGCGAACAAAAUCCUUGUAGAGCUAUCGACCGUGUAGAGCAAUGGGGAUUCAGGGGCUGUUGCCGCUUCUGAAAUCAAUAAUGUUGCCGAUCCAUAUCAAGGAUUUGGAGGGUUCUUCUGUGGCCAUCGAUACCUAUUCUUGGCUCCAUAAAGGGGCUUUCUGCUGCAGCAAAGAGCUCUGCAAUGGUCUUCCCACCUCCAAGCACGUUGAUUAUUGUAUGCAUAGAAUCAAUUUACUUCGGCACUAUGGAGUGAAACCUGUUCUUGUCUUUGAUGGAGGUCUUCUUCCAAUGAAGAGUGAGCAAGAAAUCAAACGUGCGAGGACGAGAAAAGAAAAUCUUGCUCGUGCAACAGAACAUGAGAUGAAUGGAAAUUCUGCUGCUGCCUAUGAGUGUUAUCAGAAGGCUGUUGAUAUAACGCCAUCGAUCGCCCAUGAACUAAUUCAAGUGUUAAAACGAGAGAAUGUAUCGUAUGUUGUGGCACCUUAUGAGGCAGAUGCUCAGAUGACCUUUUUGGCCAUCAGCAAUCAGGUUGAUGCUGUUCUUACCGAGGAUUCUGAUCUAAUACCGUUUGGCUGUCCAAGGAUUAUCUUUAAAAUGGACAAAUUUGGACAAGGAGUUGAGUUUCGAUAUGACAUGUUACAAAAGAACAAGGACUUGAAUCUUUCUGGAUUUACCAAACAGAUGAUUCUUGAGAUGUGCAUUUUGAGUGGUUGUGAUUAUUUGCCGUCAUUGCCAGGAAUGGGACUUAAAAGGGCCCAUGCACUUGUCAAAAAAUUUUUAAGUUAUGAAAAGGUGAUUAGACACUUAAGGUACAGCACAGUUUCAGUUCCUCACCUGUAUGAAGAAUCAUUCAAGAAAGCGAUAUUGACUUUUCAGCAUCAACGGGUUUACGACCCUAUCACUGAAGAUAUCGUACAUCUAUCUCAAAUAUCCGACCAUAUAGAAGAUGACUUGGAUUUCUUGGGCCCAUCGAUACCGCAACAUAUAGCUAAAGGUAUAGCAGAAGGUGAUAUCGAUCCGUGUACGAAUUUACCAUUCCAGGAGCAGGAUACAAACACCGAAGUCGUGCAUGAAAGACCUUACAAAUUAAAAGAAUUUAAUGCUGGAAGUAUAAAGAAAAAGUUGGAUUUACCUGUACAGAAGAAUGUCCUUACGAAAUACUUUUGUUUUGCUUCUCUCGAGGCGAAGAGAAAAUUUAGGGCGCCGAAACAAUCAGCUAAUCAACCAAGCUUCAGGGAUGACUUCUCAAUUAGUGCCGAAGAGCCUGUUGGUCCUGAAGAUAGUUGCCCUCCAGCUUCUAUCCAUCAAUGUGAAAAUGUAGAGGGCUUUCUAUCUACUUAUCCUGUAAGAAAUGAUAAUGCAGAUGGAUUUCCUCUUUCUGACUCUUGCAACCGGAGUAAGGAUAUGGUCAAUAAUAAGACGAGAGAAGCGGAGCAUAUUUUGCUACAGCAACACACCCAAUCAAUACAUAAGCCUUGUGCAACUCUGCAUAAGAAACCCGAUUGUGAGAAGUUUCCUGAUACAGCUGGAGAAAAAGUGAGGAAAGACAACAAAAGGGUCAUUGUAAGGAGUUCUUACUUCAAGCAUAAGCCAGAAAGCAAUGAUGAACAUGAAAAAAACCAAAAACUUUCUGAGCAGAAAAAUGCAGCUGUAGCUAUGCAUGAGAUAACCACUCCCGAGGUUACCUCUUUUAUUAGCAAUUCUUGUGACAGUACAAUUAAUAAAAGGAAAGCCUCUCCAAAUGAAAGCAUUCAAAUGGACAAUGUGAAAACUAAGCAUUUGUGCAAGGAUACAUUGCAGCCCGAUUGUGAUGAAACAGUACCGGAGACAAUAACUGAAGAAGCGAAAUUUGGAUCCAACAUUUCUCAUUUAAGUCAUUACUCAGACAUAGCAGAGAAAUCAAUGGAACGAUUUGUUUCAGUAAUAUCAUCGUUUCGAUUCUCUUCGGGGUCUCGAGCAAGUGGUCUUCGAGCCCCUUUGAGAGAUGUUCAGAACAGCAAAACCAAUAGGUCUACUGCUGCAAUGGACUUCAGCCAAUUUGCUUACGUACCAAAUAAGCACAGGGAUCCCUUGCCAUUCCGAAAAGGAAGACGAUGACCGGUAUUUAAGCAGAUCCUUUUGAUUGCCUGACAAGACAUGGGACCUCUAUUGUAGAUAAACCACUCCAUUUUAUUUUUAUUUGAAUGUGAGUAUCUACAUUAUCAUUUGUUCUUGCAACUCAUUGUUAUUCCUAGACUGAUGUUUGAUUUGAUUCUAGAGCCAACAGGAGUUCAUAAACGGUUCAUCUUUGACAGUUUUGCGCGUAUCGGCUAUGUUGCAACCUGUUGCUUUUCAAUUGCUUCAACUUUCAUCUGUGAGUCUAAAUGUUGCCUAAUCAAAUAGUAUUCUUGAAAUAUCAGUUAUAGAAAUAAAUUUACUCUCACUAUUGCUUCA